AUGGAAGUAACGCAAGGAAAUGGCCCAGCCACUGCUGUCACAGCAACAAAACCUGCAACACCAUCAAUAAGUCCCAAAGCCAAGGCAAAAUCAACAUCAACAGCUUCGAGCAAAUUGUUGACUAAAGAAGAAAAACAACAAAUUGACAAGAUGUUCGCAAAACUGGAUCCGGAAAAGUUCCGGACACUCAAAGCAACAGAAAAAGAAGCUGCAAAAAAGAAGGAGAAGCCCAAAGCAGUUGAAGAAAAAAUAAUGGAAUUCGCACGAAAAUGCAACUACUACUACCCAAGUCAAUCAUUAAUCCUUGAUCUUGAAGACGAUCAUUGUGAAAGCGUUUUCACCACAGACGAAUUGGGCGAAUUAGAAGAAGAUCAUGGCAACCCGCUGUUGUUGCCUGUGACCGAAUGCAUCGCUGAUAAGUUGACCGAACUUCUUCAAACAGUAAAGAUUGACCACGAUCCUAUCGAUGAUCCUCUUCUCGUAUGGUUGACGAUGACUUUGAUGCCCGUUUCGCUCCUUUGCAUGAAGCAUGCUGAUGUCAAGGAAGGAUAUCUUGAGUCCGACAAACAGUACCAGAUGUGGGGCUUCAUCAAUACUGUCUUCAUUGGCUCGCCGAUCACCGCUUACAGCAAAGAAAAGUCCAGCAAAGCAAACGCAACAGCAUCCAAUAGCAAGCACAAACUUUCUACAGUUGAAGAAGUUCAACGAAAGGCGAUGGGAAGAAAAAUGGAUGCCAUUUAUAUCAGUGGUGGAAAGGAAGUGGGGUGCAUGGAAGUUGUAAGCGAAGCAGAUCAGACGAAGGAAUGGAAAGAUGGUAUGGUGAAAAUGCCCGUUGUCAUGUAA